AAGCAGCAGUGGUAGCAGUAGCAGCAGCCCUGCGGGUAUGGAGACGACGACGACGCUUUCCGAGAUCGGUGCCUACAUUUGCUCGCUCCCUUUCUUAACUACCAAUGCCAAUGCUAAUGCUGCUAUUGCUGCUACUACUGCUGCUGCUGUUAUUGCUCCCUUUGUUGCGUCGUGAUGUUGGCGCUUUCUGUCUCUGUUCAAGAUCUUGAGGUUUUGCGCGUCGGUUUGAGGUAGACAAAGGACGGAGGAAAGAAAAGGGAAGCAAGGAGAGGGGGGAGUGGAAGGGGGAACGAGGAUCUGUGGAUUGCAGGCGCUGUGGUGAUGGCUUAGGGUUUGAGUUGUGGUUCUGGAAUCGAGGCUGGCAGGGCGUGUCGACUGUCGAGGGUGUUGUCGUGUGAGUUGCGCGCUUGUUGGUGUGGUGAGAAUAUGUGAGGGGCUGCGCUCGUCGGGGAGAUCUGUAUCCUGCUUCUGUCGCAAUGGCUGUUCCUGUGGAGGAGGCUGUGGCAGCCCUUGCUACCUUCUCCCUUGAGGAUGACCAGCCUGACAUCCAAGGACUUGCUGUCACUCUAGUUGGUGGUCGCAGCAGUACAGAAAGUCCAUUAGACUAUGAGGACGUGCCAGCAUACCAGCUCUCACUUGCUGAGGAUACAGUUGCAAUUACCCAGUUGGAUACUCUCGUUAUGGAGGGACGUGAUCUUGUGGCUGUCCUAUACUCCUACCGGAGCUGUGUUAAAGCUUUGCCGCAACUACCAGAGUCCAUGAAGCAAAGUCAAGGAGACUUGUACCUGGAAACGUAUCAGGUGCUGGAUGUAGAAAUUGGUCGUCUUCGUGGAAUGCAGCGAUGGCAAGCUGCUGCUUCCACUAAGCUCGCCAGCGAUAUGCAUAAAUUCUCGCGAUCUGACAAGAAAGUCAAGGGUCCUACAGUCACGCACAUGUGGGGCAUGUUGAGGCUGCUUGAUGUGCUUUUGCAGCUGGAUCACCUUAAGAAUGCGAAGGCCAGCAUUCCGAACGACUUUUCUUGGUACAAGAGAACGUUCACCCAAAUCAGCACGCAAUGGCCUGACACCGAUGGGAUGCGUGAAGAACUUGAUGAUUUGCAGAUUUUUCUCAGUACGAGAUGGACAAUACUCCUGAACUUACAAGCAGAGGUGUUUCGGGUAAAUGGUGUGGAGGACGUUUUGCAAGUCCUCAUUCUGUUUUGCCUCGAGUCUCUGGAAUCGGAUCGUGUUUUACUUUAUUCCGAGCGGCAUUGUCUCCUUCGUGUGCUGCCCGUCUUGGUGGUUCUUGCCACAUCUGGAGAAAAAGAAGGAGAAUCGUUCUUUAAGAGAAUCAAGCUUCCUCGACUUAUACGCAUCUUUAGGGGGGAUCCAGUUAUUCCUGCGUUUCCGGACCUGCAUCUAGCCCCUGCAAGCAUUCUCAAAGAACUAGCUCCAUACUUCCAGAAAGUUUCAGCCCAGGUUCGACAAAUUGGGGUUCCUUUGCCACAUGAACUAAGCCCCCGAGAAGCUUCAGAGUACCAGAGGGAGUACCUUAUUGUAAAUCAUAUGGUGACGAUUAGAUCUCAGCAUGAUGAGUAUGCCUUGAGAUUUGCCGCUGCCUUGAACCAGCUGCAACUGAUGAAAAUGGCGAAGGAUGCAGAUUCAACAGAAAGUACGCAUGUAAAGGAAGAUAUGUAUCUGGUUAUAGUUGAAGGCUUUCAAUUGUUGAGUGAGUGGACAGGGCGAAUAUGGGAACAGAGUGCUUGGAAAUUUUCUCGACCCGCUAAAGACGCAACCCCAUUUGAUCCUGAGAGAUCGAAUGAAGUGACUGAUUAUGAGAAGGUGGUGCGUUGCAAUUACACACCUCUGGAAAGGAAGGCUUUGGUGGAGCUGAUAAGUUAUAUAAAAGGUGUGGGUACUAUGAUGGAGAGAGUCGAUACUCUCGUGGCCGACUCAAUUUGGGAGGUUUUGCAUGCUCAAGUUCAGGAGUUUGUUCAAAAUAAACUCGCUAUCAUGCUCCGCACCACUUUCAAGAAAAAGAAGGAGAUGUCUAGAAUACUGAAUGAUAUGAGAAUAAUUGCUGCUGAUUGGAUGGGAAACACAAGUCACCUAGCUGGACAGGCUUCAAGAUUGAGAGAAGAAGGUGUUGGAGUCCCGGUUACUUUUCGGACGCGACCAGCUGCUCCAACUGCUGGACAGCUUCAUUGUUUGCAGUAUUUGAUCCACGAGCUCGUAUCUGGAGGCAGUCCAAAACAGUCAGGCGGCUUUUUCACGGGAAAUGAUGUUGAUAUUCCGGCAGGGGACAUGAGACAGCUGGAGAAUUUUUUCAACAGACUGGCUUUCUUCCCCCAUAUACUAGACUAUCGAGCUACACUUGCGAACUUGACCGACCUGGGAUUUCUUUGGUUUCGAGAGUUUUAUCUGGAGACUUCACGUGUUAUCCAGUUUCCAAUCGAGUGCUCGUUGCCGUGGAUGUUGGUGGAGUAUGUAAUCGAGUCAAAAGAGGGAGGCUUGCUGGAGAGUAUUCUUAUGCCCUUCGACGUCUAUAAUGAUGCAGCAGAUCAUGCACUUCGUGCCUUGAAGCAGCGAUUCCUCUAUGAUGAAAUUGAAGCUGAGGUAGAUCUAUGUUUUGAUCAAUUAGUGUACAAGUUGAGUGAGAACAUCUUUGGUUACUACAAAUCCCGGGCAGCAAGCGAUAUGCUGGAUCUUUCAUUUCUUGCAGUUGUAGAUAAUCGAGAAAAGUAUAAGGUUCCUCCAAAGCGUUACGAUCUUCUUUUUAGAAUUCGGCGUGUGAAGCUUCUGGGGCGCAGCAUCGAUUUGGCAUUCCUUAUCGGCCAACGUAUGAAUAAAAUUUUCCGGGAAAACCUUGAUUUUUUGUUCGAGAGAUUUGAAGCACAUGAUCUCUGCUCUAUUGUGGAUCUUCAAAGGCUUGUGGACAUUUUGAGACUUACGCACGAGCUUCUCUCAGAGCAUGUUAAGAUGGAUCCAUUCCCUUUGAUGAUGGGAGAGAUGACUGAGACCAUUUCUCUAGUAUCUUUUUCAGGACGUGUGGCUACUCAGGUGUACACCGAGCUCCAGAACGACUUCUUUCCAAAUUUUAUUUUAUGCACUACAACUCAGCGUUUUGUCAGAUCUUCUGUGAAAUACCAACGACAAGUCCGGAGACCACCAAAUCCACAGGCUGAUCCCAUUUUCCUUUGUGGGACUUCAGAUUUGAAUGUGGCUCACGGUCACAUGGCAGAACUGUACAACAAUUUUUUUGGAUUACCGCACAUGUUUGCACUUGUCAAAUUAUUGGGAUCGAGAUCACUUCCAUGGCUUGUCCGGGCUUUGCUGGAUAAUCUAUCACAAAAGAUUACAAAUAUGGAGCCUGGGAUAGAGGAGUUGCGCAACAGCAUGCCGAAAGCUAUCGCUAUCCCUUCUCAUGAUUGGGGCGUUGAAGGAUGUUUAAGGAAUUUUUUGGAGCAGCUACAAUGGACACGUACAUACGAUGGUUUCAGUGACAUGCUACUGAAUUUGAAAGAAAUAGGAAGCCUAAUUUUUUGGAUGAGUCUUCUUGAUACUGCUAUGAGGCAAGUUGAAACAGUUCACUUCAUGCAAGUAGUUCCAUGGUUGGGUGUUGUUCCCAAUAAAGAGGGCCAGUUGCAACAGUUGCUAGCUGAUGAUAAUUUCAGUCCUUUGGUUAGCAUCUUCAAGCAAGCUUCCGAUGAAGUUGUUUCAAAUUUAGGUUGUAUGAACCCCAACGCUUUUGUAUCCAUGGCAAAGCAGGCACAAGUGGCAGACAUUUUGUAUAUGAAUAAUUUGCAAACCGGUAGCAUACUGGAUUACACGCUUGCAUACCUUGGAGCUGUGCUUGCCAGAGUCAGGGAUAAAUGGGAUCAGCCAUCCAAGUCCGGUUUAAUUGAAAUCACAACAUCCAGAGAGUACUAUCGAAUAUAUAGCAGCUUUCAGUUUCUCAACUUGCAAGGAUUUUCUCCAGGCCUACAAGCAACAUCUCCUCAGGUUCAGAAUCAGCAGCCUCCAAUCGAAGGUGAGAAUUUUGAAGAACGAUAUGGUGACGGAGUUGCGUGGGGGGGCUGCACAAUUGUCUAUCUUCUGGGUCAAGAAACUCGAUUUGAGCUUCUCGACUUCACUUACCACGUACUUGCUGUGGCCGAGUCGGAUACAUUGUCGACGUCCCUGGCUUAUAUUGAAAUGAUGGCCAAGGGGACGACCUCAUAUCCCGUUGAAGUAACCUCAUUUUUGGAGAAUGCUCGAAGAGCGCGGAGAUUAAAUAGUCACGUUUUCUCAUUGCUACGGGCACGGGCUCCCCAAGAGGACAAGCUUUCAUCAAUGAUUAAGCCAAAUGGCACAUUGGUGCAUCGGAUCAAGUAUCCCGUCACACCGUCAGUGUAUGUCACUUUGCCUAAGGUGUAGGAAAGCCAUGUCCUUGUGCAGUUGGCUUCAAGUGCUGAUGUAUUAAUAGACGGUUUUCGUGGAUGUAAGUAUUUGUUGUGGUUCCGUCAGAUCAUAGAUUGCUUGGCAUACUGCAUUCUGGGGCAGUGAUCGUAUGGCUAAAUGUAUUAAGAAAUUAUUGAAAAUUGGAGAUUUCUAGUAGUACCAUGAUUGCCCUAAGCAAUAUGUUCCAGGUUUUGUCCCACACUGCUGCAUUCUAGUUCGUGAGAUCACCUUUAUUUAUCAAGGUAAUGCAGUUGGUAUUGGUGUGUGUUUUUAAUUUUAA